AUGAGCUCGCGCAGGCGUGAGCUUCCCAUCGAGGAUUCAUGGCGCAUGGUAGAAGGCGACCAUGACAGCUUCGACACCACUCUCCUCCCUGGUGUCUCCGAUCUAGAUGAUGAUAUCAUCCCCAGCGAGCAACCAUCAUCCAGCUUCCCCUCUCAGCCAUCACAGCCAUCGUCACUCUCCCAAGGCAACACAAGUCUAGGCUCGCAUUCUCAGGACAGUAUCCGUGACUUCUCCAGGCACCAGGACGACGACCAGGUCAUCUUGCGCGAGCCCUUUCGCCCCAGUCUCCCGGAUUCUGCUCGCACUCCAGACACGCAGUUCAGGAUGCCUCUAGUUGAAGUCGAUACGGCAAGAAGCGCGAGCGCGCGGAGCCCAAAGCGCAAUGUGAGAAGGCGGACACAGGCAUCAUCUCAAAGCAGCCCUUCUAAACUGAGGGACAUGAGAAGCAUGAGCUUUCGGGACGAUGGCGACGGAUAUGACGACGGCAGAAGGCGCGCUACAGGCCCUCCCACUAGCUCUCUGCCUGAAGUUUUGUUUGAUGUUCUCCGCUGGGUCCUUGGAGUCAUCACCCUCGCUUUCCGGUAUGCCCAGAAGCCACUUGCUCUGCUUCUCGCUGUAUAUCUAUCUUUUGGCGCUCUCAUCAUUGCGCAGAACAUGGUCACCACGUCGAUAUCGGCCUCGCUAUCACCAUUAUGUCGGAUUCCUGGUGUUUCAUUCCUGAACAUUCCCUUUUGCCCACAGAGGCCAUCCCCUGACAUCCCCUUCGACACGAUGCAUCAGCCUGUCGAGUUUGAUGAUCUAAUGACUGUCCAGGAUCAGUUUGAGCAGGUCCUGGAGAAGAGCUCUGAAGGAGUCUCACUUCCGCUCGAGAUGAAGCGUUCCGAGACCACUAUCAGAGAUCUCAGAACCCUCGUCAGACACAGCGAGAUCCAAGCACGGGAAGAGCUUGUCCUCGAGUUCGAUGGCUACAUCGAUCUCGCCCGCCAAUCCGCCUCAGACCUACAGAGAUUCAACACCCACUGCGGCUCGGCCGUCGAUGCCGUCGUCGCCAUCAACCGCUGGACGUCCCGGUUCAUCGACUCCCUAGACCCGACCAAGGACUCCGGGCCUCUCCUCUCCCAAUGGGCCGCCUGGUUCUUCUACCCCUUCCAACCCAGCGAGGCCGGCUUCAGCGAGCGCAUGAUCCUCGACAAGUACAUCGAGCACACGGCCCUCGUCUCGGACAAGAUCUCCACCCUCAUCCUCGAGGCCCAGGCCGUCCUCCGCCUCCUCACCAAGGCGGAGGACCACCUCUCCCUCAUCUACGACAUCUCCUCCCGCUCCUCCGCCAACGUCGCCUCCCGCCGCGACCAGGUCUUCCGCGACCUCUGGACCUACCUCGGCGCCAACAACGCCAAGCUCCACAACCUCUCCCAGCAGCUCACCCUCCUCAAGCGCGUCGACUCCCAGCGCUCCACCGCCGUCAAGCAGGUCAGCGCCCUCAUCCUCGAGCUCGAGACCAUCCAGGCCGGCCUCAGCGACCUCCGCGACCGCGUCGCCGCCCCCGAGCUCCUCAGGGACGGCGCCACCAAGACCAAGUCCCUGCCCCUCAGCGUCCACAUCGAGACCAUCGACCGCGGCGUCGAGCGCCUCGAGACCGCCCGCCGGAGGAUCAGCGCCGCCGAGAACGACCGCGUCAGGGAGGCCCUCGCAAAGGGCGGCCUCAGGGACGAGCCCCUCAUCGAGGGCAAGUGA